UUGCUGCAAAGGACAAAAGAACCCUUCGCUGUUUGUCUUCUUACUUCAUAUCGAAAAAAAGAGGCAACGCAAAAAGAAAAAAUGCCGAAGAAGUCAAACAAGUCGUGGGGCAGUCGCAACAAUCGAGGAAAUGAGGAUAAGGAUUAUUUUGGUCAUGAUGACCGGGUUUUCCUAAAAGGAAGACAAGGAAGAGAUAGAAGACUUCAUGGUCCAAUUAAGCAUCGUGUAUCAUUCAAAACUCAUACACCUAACAACAUGUCUCGUAAUUUGGCAUUUGCUAAUUUGGAUGACGACAUUCCGAUGACUUCUAAUAACAAUACGAGACAAGUAAUACUCAAUCCGAGUAAUAGAGAACGAUCUGAUAGAAGUUGGCGAAAUGUUUCUCGUGGAAGAAACAGUCCUAUGCCAAAUAGAAAUUUCAAGGGAGGUCAGUCAGGUUCUAGGCGACCUCCUCCUUUGAGAGAAUCCAGUUGGUAUAGAGUUACUAUACCAUAUGGCCAAAAAUAUGAAAAGGAUUUUAUUAUAAAUACCCUUUUGAAUUAUAUAACGCCCGAUGUAUUUGUACCUAUAUUAUACAAGACAUCGACAACUGACGCAAGUUUCUACAUAGACGAUUACAAGACGGCAGUUGCAUUGCAAAGCUGUGAUUAUAAGAUUACAAUGAGUGAUGGAUUUAAACUGCAAGUGAAAGUGAAACCAGGAUUUCCAGUUUAUGAUAUUGAUGAUAAAUUAAAAGAAAGAUUGAAGCAAGCAAUGGGGAAGAGAUAUGUACAAGAUACCAAUGCUUUGAAUUUAUCCAAGUUUCAUCGUGAUCCUGAUCUUUGCUCUGACUACUUUUGCGCAUUGUUUCAUCCUAUCAUGUUGAUAACUGUGUUGGAUAUUGUGGCAGAGCACAUCCCGAAUUUAGAAGCCUUGAACUUGGAAGGAAAUAAGUUGCAAAAUAUUGAGAGACUCAGUAUAUUAACCAAGAAGUUCUCAAAAUUGAAAAUUCUCUUUAUCGGCGAUAACAAGAUCAGAGACAUUUAUCAAUUAGAUGCUAUUAAGGAUCUAAAACUGGACGAAUUGAAGUUAACCGGAAAUCCUGUCUGUAACAAGUAUAAAUCUCGACAAAAUGACUAUAUUAGUGAUGUUCGAAGGAGAUUCCCAAGGUUACUACGCCUAGAUGGCACAGAAUUACCGCGACCAAUUGUCUUCGAUGUAGUCGAUGAAGCUGCCAAGACUCCUCCAUCGCAAAGAAUGUUCGUCACUGAUGCAAAAGCACAAGAAAUUGCUAGUCAAUUUUUACAACAAUAUUUCACGAUAUUUGAUAGUGAAAAUCGUCAACCUCUACUGGAUGCAUAUAAUGAACAUGCAUUAUUUAGCAUGACAAUAAAUACUUCUAAUAAUAACAAGUUAAAUGGAUACUUUUUGGAGAAUCGAAACCUAUUCAGAAUCAAUGAUACGGUUAGAAGACAGAAAUUUUUGAAACAGGGUAGAUUACCUGUAGUAUCUUUCAUAUCAGAAAUGCCGCAUACAAGGCAUUUGCUGAAUACUUUUACCAUGGACCUUUCCCUUGUUACACAAACAAUUAUGUUUAUUACGAUAACGGGCUAUUUCCAACAACUCGAUAACAAGGAAGAGCUCAUUCGCUACUUCAAUCGCACCUUCAUAAUUGUUCCGGAAGGUGAAGGAUAUUGUAUUCGAAAUGAGCAGUUGCAUAUUAGUCAACCAUCUGAGGUGCAAUUGAAGGAAUUGCACCAGCAACUGAACCAGUUGAAUACUCAGCAAACUCAGCCAGAAACGCAGACGCUGAGUUCCACAGAAGCAAAACCUGUACCAACGGAACUCGAUGACGAAGUAAAGAAGCAGAUGACAUUAAUGUUAAGUCAGCAGACAAAUAUGAAUUUGGAAUGGAGCUUGAAGUGCUUACAAGAAACGCAGUGGAUCUACGACAAUGCAAUCGCUGCCUUCCAAGAGUUUUUCAAACGUGGACAGAUACCACCACAAGCGUUUGCAAAAUAAAGACAUGUGAGUAAGCAAAUCUUAUCACUGUGAUAAUAAUUUAUAAGAAAAGUCCGAAUUUCUUGUAAUCGACCUUCAUUCCAUUUUAUUCCAUAUAUAUUGUAUUUGUUUCUCGGGUAUACUUGUUUGUAUUUUGCAUCGUGAAUAGAAA